CGUGCUUCGCGCGGCAUACACGGAAGUGGUUUCCUCCGGCUGAUAAGCCGGGCGUUUAUGGUCGCACCUCGACGGGUGGUGACUACUACACGGAAUGGCAGGAGUGCGAGGGCCCGAGGAGAGCCGGGCCGCCGCCGUGGCCGUGGAGCAGGACAUGUUCGAUGCCGUCGUGAUGGCGGAUGAGAGAUUCCAUGGGGAGGGAUAUCAGGAAGGCUAUGAAGAAGGCAGUAGCUUGGGAAUCGUUGAAGGAAGGCAGUAUGGCACAUUACACGGAGCCAAAAUUGGAUCUGAGAUUGGGUGCUACCAUGGGUUUGCUCUUGCGUGGAAAUGUCUCCUACACAGUGGUGCUGGCGAGAAAGACAGCCGGAAGAUGAAGGUGGUGGAGGCGCUGAUCACACUGCUGCAGCACUUCCCCUAUGAUGACCCCACCUACGAGAAGCUCCAUGAAGACCUGGACAGAAUCAGAGGGAAGUUCAGACAGCUGUGCUCACUGCUAAACGUGCAGCCCGACUUCAAGGUAACCGCACGAGGCUCUGGACUUGCGUUUUGAGGACUCAGAGGAGCAGAUGUCUGCACAUUAGGUGUCAGAGUGAUUAAAAGCCAGCCUGAGUGGCUCUCAUUGUUCUGUGCGAGGACCAGUGUGGCCUCUUCCCUGAGGUUCUUUCUGAGUGGCUGGCAGAGGUCUCACUGCCCUGCCUUCUGCACAGGGGCCACCCUCAAGAGACUGCUUGCUGCUGGCCAGAGUGAGUAGCCUUGUCAUUCCUGUGGUCCUGAGUAGGGUUCCCCUGAGGGUGGGACUCAGGAGAGGCAGGCUGAUGUGAACGUACUUAAUGGCAAACGAGCAGGUUCUUUGCUGUGUGCUGAGACCCUGCUGGCCACGCGGGCUUCCUUUGUUUCUCUCCAUCCCUCUGGCAGCCCAGAGGUGGAUCUCACUCCACUCUAGAGAAGAUGAAUAGACCCACUUACGGCCUGCUACCCCAGAUCCACGUCCCGCAGUGCCACACGGUGCCUCUGCCUUGAGCAUGUGCCGUUAUUGCCUACACCAUUGGGACCCCGUCCUCUGCUGCAGAAGACCCAGGUUCAUGCAGUGUGCACAGGAUUCAGGCUCCAUUGGGCCUGGUUUGCCUCUGGAUGCCCAGCUGAGGAGACAAGGCCAGUCUGGUCCUGAGGAAGCUGAGGCAUGGCCUUCAUGCUGCCCCCAAACAGGUGUGGGGUGAGCUCUCCACAUUAAGAAGUGGCAGUGGGGGAACUACCUGGGAACCAAAGCAGGACUAGAUGGUGGUUGCUGCUGUGAACGUGCAGGGCUUGCCUGUGUGGCACUAACGCUACUUUAACAGCAGCUUGCGUGUCUCGCAUGGUACUCACAGGCAGGUCUAAGGUGAGCUGUCAGGAGUAGGCUCAGUGUGCCCAUGCAUUUCACAGGUGUGGACACACAUGACAGCAUGUGUUGAUAGGCCUCCUCUGGGUGGCCCCACUGUAUCUGACUGUCCCUAUUUCAGUUCCAGGGCAGGAUGUGCAGGGGUCACUGUGGAUGCAUGACACUUGGAGGUUUGUUUUUUUUUUUGUUUUUUUUUUUUUUUAAUUUUCCUUUAGAGACAGUCUCACUGUAUAGCCCAAGUUGGCCUUAAAGGGUGAUUCUCCUGCCUCAGCUUUCUGAGUGCUGGGAUCUCAGGCCUCUGAACCUAGGACACUGGUUUUACUAUCAUGUCAUAGCAUCUUGAUAGAGUAGGGACCUCUGUACAAGCUGGAGCUCCUCCCUCAUUCCAUCAGCCCAGGCCAGCCGGAGGGAGGGAUGAUGCUGGUGCCUGAGGCUUGGGGUGCCGUGCAUCUGCUCCCCGAGUCUGGCAGCAGCCUCUCAGGAGGCUGCACCAUCCUCCCAGCUGCUCCCAGGACCAGGUGCUCUUCAGUGUGCUUCUCUGGGUGCUGAGCUCAGAGAGCUGUCUGUGGCUGCUGUUUUGACCAUUUUACUUUUCUGUUUGGAGAAAAGAAUAAACUGUAUUUUAAAGAGA